UCAUACCACUGGCAUGAGUCCACGGCAUUCCCAUGAAAAGGUUGCCUCUGAUUGAUGGACAUGAAUUUAGGGGGGGGCGAGUUGCAUAAUAAAUAGAGGUGGAGAGGCAGUGAGAGCACCACCCUGCCUGACGGAGCUGCAGACACAAACAACACACCAUGAUAUUCAUGACAUCGCUCUUCCCGCUGGUGCUGCUGUCCAUGCGCACCGUCGCCGCGUCGCCUCGCACCUUCACGAACACGGACCCGAACACGGGGAUGUCCGUGGUGUGCGACAGCUGCCCACCGGGAACCUACCUGCGCGCACGCUGCACCUCCACCAGUAAGAGCGACUGCGCCCCGUGUCCUUCUGGCUCCUUCACGGAGCUGUGGAACUACAUCCCCAAGUGUUUGCGCUGCGGAAUUUGCGGCCAGCAUCAGGUGGAGAAGACGGCGUGCACUGCGGACAAAGACUGUCAGUGUGAGUGCAAACAGGGAUAUUACUACAAGAAGAAGUUCGACAUGUGCCUCUGCCACAGCGAGUGCCACUACGGAGAAGGGGUGCUGACUAAAGGCACGGCCGACGAGGACACGGUGUGCUACAGCUGUCCAGAUGGAACCUUCUCCAACACAGUGUCUGCUCAACACAACUGCACGGAGCACAGGAACUGCAGCGCUUCAGGGCUGCAGCUGGUGCUCCGAGGCUCCGCCUGGCACGACAGCGUGUGUGCGAGCUGCGAACACGGCACGACAAAAGAGGGAGCCGACUACCUCCGAGAAAUCCUCCCAUCUUUCUUUGUCCACCAGAAAUUGUCCAUCAAGCGCCUGCGUCGGGUCGCGGUCAAACUCCCGUAUGAGGGCAACAGAAGACCAGCAGUAACUACAGACCUUAACCGCUCGGCUCUUUAUGAACAGAUCAACGCUUGGAUCGCUUCUGCCACAGCGGCACAGAUCCGUCAGCUUCCGGAGAUGCUGACAAAAGCGGGAGUGAACGCCGGCGAGAGACUCGAGAACAAGCUGAAGAGGAUCAACACACAGCUGAGCGAGCGGUGUGUGACGAAUGAGGUGGAAGUUUAAAGGGAGCUGUUCCAGAUGAACUGUCAAACUGAAAAGUUGCUGAAAGUUUACUCAUCGAUUUGUUCUGACAGGAACCAAGAUCAGAGAUCACAUCUCUCCCAUUCUGGCUUCUUUGCACUGGCUACCUGUUAAAUCUAGAAUAGAAUCUAAAAUUCUUCUCCUUACUUACAAAUCUCUUCAU